GAAAAUGGCGGCGUAAACUUUAAAAACAUACACAUCAAAUGACAAUUCUAAUUUGAACAGAAGAAGAACAAUAAAUAUUGCGAAAUGGCUGCACUGUUGAAGAGUGCUGCGGUUGCCUCUAUAAACAGGGGACAGCCAAGUUCUUUCUACAGCAAAGACAAAACAAAUCCAGUUUUCCAGUCGCUGGACCAAGAAAUCAAAAAGUUUAUGGGUUAUAUGCGCAAACGAAAUAGCCCUGGCUACAAAAAACCUGCAGAAGAACCAUCAUCUAGGGCAUCAGACACUCUGUUUGAAUUAUGGAACAAAUAUGAGCCAAAGCUACCAGAGAUUUAUUACCAGGAGAAAUUGCUGCAAAUGGGUGAUUUUCUGAUGACUGUGCGGGAAUACAGUUUAGCAUUAUGGCAGUGCUAUGACAGGUAUCUGUUACAUUUUGGUAACAUCAAUGUGGAGGAGAUCACUGAUGUCGACAUCUUUAGAAUGACUUUUUUUCCAGAAGGAUUUGAUAGUGAGAAUGCUGGAUUGACAUUUCGUGCUUUAAUGGGGAAAAGUAUAAGCAUGUACCAAACAGUUCGUAUGGUUGAUCCAAAACUUCAAAAUACACAAUCAACAGACAAAUGUGUACAUAUACUGUCCUUUCUUAGACUUGUAAUGCAGGUUGUACUGCCAAAGGAGUCAUUAUGUUGGCUUGUUUAUAAUGGAACCAUCCAUAUCUACAGUAUAUCUAGACAUCUGAUGUCCCUUGGUCAUUCAGCUAGGGUUUUAGAAUUCCUUUUGUGGGCGUGUAUGUGUAUGGAGACAUCUGUACCCCUGCUGUCAGUCAAAUAUUUACCAUGGAGAUCUACACUUUAUACAGCUGUUUGCCAGUCUUAUUUUGAUUGUAAAGCAUCACAUCAUGCUGAGGCCUUUGCAAGAAGAGGAUUAGCCAAAAUUAAUGAAUUGAAUAAAUUGGAGAGUUUAAGUAGUGCUCCUGAAAGUGCUGAUUCAGCAGAAUCCUUCAGACAAGCCACAGUUAAGAUGGCAGUUAUGGUGUUUAAAAGGUCUGUGUAUGAAACAAGGAGAAAACCAAAAGAAUGGCUGAGACCAAAGACAAGAGCUAACUUGGUAGAGGCAAAAAAUAUGCCAUGGCCAAGAACACCAACAGAGAGAUUAUUAGCUGAUAUGUUUGAAGGAAGUGCUUCCCAGUUUCUGUGCAUUCUGGAAGCACUGAAUGAUACUAAUCGUCGUAUAUUGCUAACAUCCCCACCAGCUGCUGAUAGAGAAGUAGAAAUCCUUGACGUAUAUGCAGAAUUGUUUAUGUCUGGACAAGAGAUCUUAGCAGGAGGUGGAGGAUUGAGAGGAGCCUCAAUAAAACCACAGAGUCCAUAUCACCUUCCAGCAUUAGCCGGAGUAGUGUCUGACAGGUCAUUGAUAGAGAUGGCUACUAAAGGAGAGGACGGAGCUACUAUUGAUGGGGCUAUUAAACUUGUCAAGAUGGCCUUCUGUUUUGAACAGUGGGAUGUAUUUGAUGGAUUGAUUGAAAGUGUCUUGGGAUACCUACGGCUGCUUGGUGAGGAAAAAUUUGCCUGGGAUGAAAAAGCUUUAGAACUGCUCCUUGCAUUUGAGAAAUUAAACCCAAGUAGACGUCACAAGCGAACUCUUACAUCAAUUGUUGAAGAUGAUAAAGAUACGAGCAAAGAUCGGGAAACUAAGGAUACCAAAGACUCAUUUAAAGAACAUGAAAGUGGAUUUGGUGGAACUGGCACAGGGAUUACAAUACAGCAAGUACCAUCUUCAAGGUCGAUGAAUGUAAAUGACGAGAUGAUACUUGCAGCCGAGUGUCUUCUAUCUGUGAUCAAUGGACCUUUUCAGCCUUCCGGAAUUGAAGUAGACAUAAUCGUUGAUGCUGCCUUGAUUCUCUGGAACAAGACUAAAAAUGUUUUCCAGAAACACCAGACUGGAUCUAGCGACAACCCUAAGUACCUGACGAAAAUGGAAAACCCGAGCAAAUGGGUGUUUCUACUGGAUGUAGUACACAAGGCCUUGUGUUGGUGUGGUAUAAGUAGUGUUGAUCCUGCCCUGACUGCUGAGGUUGUUCUUAGACUGGCUCUUGUAUUAGAGAGUAGUGCUAAUAUUGACGAAGGUGAUUCUUCUGGAAUAAAAGAGUCAUCAUUUUCUGACACACAGCAAACAGAUGGCAGUCAGUUAUUGGUCAGUCGUACGUCCAUGUUAUCUAUGUCAAUGAUCAACAUGAAUCCACGUAACCAGCUUCUACAGGCUCGUGACAUACUAGAGUUAGGGUUACAGAAUGUGGCUUAUGCCAGAAAGGCUAGUGCCAAACAGGAUGGCACAAACAUAGCUGAUGUUUCCUGGGCUAAGCUUGACACUGAUAUGGAAAAAUGUCCCACUAUGAUUAGGGACGAUAUAGAAAUACAAAGUAUUGCUGGCAGUAAUGCCAGUACUCUAGACUUGAAUGAAGAUGUUUUCACACCAGACCCUCAGACAAGAGAGAAUACAAAAAUAACAGAUACAAAAGAAGAAGAAGCACCAGGACCAAGAACAAGGGAGCCUACCACAAUGACCGAAGCUAAAGAUGAUGAUGCACAGGCCAGCAAAAUGGACUUAAUACCAGAGAGUAUGAGAGGGUCUGCCAUGGCAGUAUGGAAUACAAUUAAAGAUCUCCAUCUAGAACUCAUCUUGAUGUAUCAUAGGGUCAGCAUAAAACUGACCAGUUUGGCCCCUGAACCAGCACCUAAGAAUAAUCAGCCAUUCAAAAGAAGAACUUGUUCUAAAAUGGAAUAUGGAGAGGAUGGAGAAAUGAUGAGUAGUUAUGUAGAGAACUAUGAAGAACUUUUAACCAGGUGUAAUAAAAACCAGUUAUCUAAAUCACUUCUGCUGAUGCAGAGGUCACUGUUAUUGAGUGAUGGUGUAGGAUAUUCAAAAGAACAGAAAAAACUUUUAGAGGAUGCUGUAGCAUGUAUACAGAAAGCUCAGAAUGAGGAGAAAAUGAUAUUCACGGUCAAUAAUACUGUGGUUACUGAUCCAAAACCCACCAAAGUACCAACAGCACCUAUACUUCUAUGUAGAACAGACACCAUGAUGAUAUUCAAACCCUCACCUUUUAAAUCUGAGGAUGGACAACAGGUUUCAUGGUACAAGUUAUUCGCAAGGUCAUCAUCUGGAAGUAAUGUCAAAGUGAGGCUCAAUGAUUAUUUCUUGCCAGGAACUGGAGAAUCUGUGCCAAGCAACCAAUCUGAACUGAGAGUAUCAGGAUUGAAGCCAGAUGAGAAAUAUGUUUUUGCUGUAGCAGCUUAUAAUUCUGAUGGACAGAUCAUAGGAGGUGGCAUUGGAGAUAGCUCUAAACCAAUCUUAGCAUCAAGUCCCCUACCUGUACUGAUGACUUGGGCUUUCCUUAGUCAGAUUGCCUACCAGGUUGGAUGUUAUGACAUAGCCAAACAGGCCUGUAAUGUUCUAUGGGACCAUUUUAUUGCUGAACCUCCUGAACCACAGAGAGUGACCUAUAAUACACAAUCAGAGGGAGCAUUUGCUAUAGAUCUGAUGAAAUUAAACCAGAAAGUUGUAUGCCUGACUUCCCCUGUGUUGUUACGACAGUUCUUGACCAGUAUCUUCAUCAAUGUAGAUAUUGCUGUAAGAGAGGGACAACUUUUCUGUGAUGUCAUCAAUGAUAGAGGACCUUUACUUAAAGGACAAUUAAGAAGACUAAAGGAAUGUGAGAAGAUGAUUGUAGCUAUAGAAAUGGCUGGAUGGUUGAAUGAAGCUAACUUAGCUUUACAAGGUGUUGUUCAGUGUUAUGGACUGCUAGCUCCUCUUAUAUUCUACAAGAUACCGUCAGUGGCUGUUAUCCAGGUACUUCAAAGAUGCCAUGCUGUUCUUCAAGAAAUACCAACUGGUUUGCGUCAAAAGAGACAACAGAAUAUAGCUGAUAGUUUACAUCACAUGACAGCCUGUAUUACAUAUCACAUGGCCAAGGUAUUGAGGUCAUGGGGUCAAAAAGGUUUAGCCAACAACUUUAAUGAGGCUGGUAAGAAAUUACUGGCUUUAGAAACAGCUGAAGAUGAGAAGAAAGAUAGAAAGAAGGACCAGAAAGAACAGCCAGAUAGUCCAGAUAAAGAUAGACCAAUUGACCAGAUUGGGGACAAUGAAGGGGAAUCUGCUCCACUGGCUAAGAUGAAGAAAAAAAUGAAGAAGGCCCCUGGGGCUGGCAAGGAUGACCAAGAUUCAGUCAUGAACGAGGAACUUAAGGCUCUUGUCGCUCAUAUGUAUAGCCUUUCUAAACAGACUGAGUAUGAGACAGAGGUGGUUUUUGUUGAAGAGGCACAUUAUGAACAUGAAUUGACUGGCUUUGAAGAUCCUGUUGUCCUACAUGCCUACAUUGCUUACUUGCCAAGUAAAUUGGCUUAUAGAGAAGUUGUGAAAUUUAGGAAGCGACCAAAGUAUUUAGAAUAUUUUGUACAAGUGGCUCAGAAAGCAUUAACAGAAGGAUUGUAUACUCAACUUGUAGAUUGGUGUGAAGAAACUACUAAUUCUCUCACAAGGCGAAAUGAACAUUACCUUGGAAUUAAGCAACAGGGACAAACAGGAUCACAGGAGGACCCUAAACGAUUUGCCGUUGCUAUGGCAGAAUAUAGUAAAGACAAGUUUUUGCCUCAGGGUGGUGCUGGAGCAGCUGAUGCAUCUAAACAGACCAAAAUGGUGUCACAGGCUGGUACUUCUAAGGCUGCUUCUCAGCUGGCUGGCUCUAAAGCUUCACAACUUCCCAAACAGUCUCCUAAUAAAGCAAAGAAAAGAAUGAAAUACAAGCCAAUGGCAUCCACUGCUAGGAUAGCCAAUGAUGUUCUUAGACAGGCUCAAGAAGAAGCAGAAGUGAAGGCAAUCGAUACUUGCUCCAAAUAUUUCCCAGAAAUCUUUAGGAUGUCACAAAAGAGGAAGAAGUUAAGGAGGUGGUGUAUGGAUGAGAUGCCAUGGCGAUGUCAGAUGUCAUUGAUACAAGGGUUGAGUCACUUUUCCAACUUCCUGCACAAACUGGAGACCAGAGAUAAAAUGAUGGGUGCUCACAGUAGUAAUUUGUAUAAGACUAAUUUCCUAGACCAAGAAUGGUUUACUUUUGAGACAUCUGGUACCCUAAUUGUCGGCUGGGAAGGAGGACCAUCAAGGAAUGGUGAGCUCUCAAAGAAAGAUCAGAAAGAACUACAGAGGGCAAUGAAGGCCAGCAGGGAGGAUCGUGUAUAUGAAAGUCUAGAUCUAGCUGAUGAGAGACCAAGGACCACAGCAACUGGCAUUGAAAUAGCUGCUGCCUUAGCUACUGGUGCUCCUCCACCGCCAAUGUACUUCUUCCCACCUGAGCAGGAAGACACCCCUAGGACAUACAGAUCUGAGGCCAGUGGUGUAGACCCUCCUAAAGUCCAGCCUAAGAAUACUGAUACAUUGAUAUUGUCAACUAAAGUUACACUGGAAUCUCUGAAGAAAUCCUUUGCAUACUUCAACAGAGCUAUUGUACUAGCCCAUAGAGGGCAGCAUUGGACAUUACUACAGAAUUCCUGUCGUGCUUUAUGGAAUUGUGCCCAUACAGCCUUACUUAGAGCUGUCAGUUCUCAGCCUGGAGGAGAGGAAGGACUUGUGACCAUUGAUGAACUUAGAGGACUUGUCUGGUUGCCAAUGUACAUGGCAGCAGACAGUAUUUUGGAUAUGAUGGUCCAAUUCCAAAAUGUACUGGAAGCCCAAGCAUUAAAGGCCAAAAAAAAAGCCACAAAGUUGGGAGAUUAUUUUGAAUCAUGGACAGGGGACAUUAAAAACGAGAAAGGAGGAGCUAAUUUAAAGCAUGAAAAUCCAUUGGAUGAUAUGAGUUCAUUAGACAUUCGUUGGGUGAAGCGUCUGAUUCUUCGUGUGAUAGAAUUGCUAUAUUACGAACAGAAAUGGGAGAAGUUGGUAGACAUUGCCCUCAGGUUUAGUGCUCUUACAAAUGAUCGUUAUGGUGAACAAGUUAUUCCUAUACUUGUACAAGCCCAGAGACAGUUACAGAAGAAAGUAAAAAGCCUGAAGGGUGAAGGACCACCACAAUCUCACUAUCUGUCACUAAUGCAGAAGAUUGGAGGUGUAGUGACUGCUAAGGACUAUCUUCACGCCCAACUACUGACACAUAUAGACAAAUCUAACUUGUCUAAGAUAUCCCCUGGAGCACAGAUUGAUCCCAUGGGACAUGGGGUCUAUACAAGUAAAGAUGGACAAAGAGUAGUGUCUGUACCACUGGACAUUCCACACAGUCUACAGACAUUGAGAGAUGUGUUAGAUAAGUCACAAUACACCAGUAGGGCACUACAGCACAGCCGUAAACUGUUAAUGUUAUAUCUAGCAGGACAGCAAAAUUCAGGUGAUGGUUUUCUGAGUAGACAGGUAUCUAAAGUAGAAUUCCAGCCAAACACUGCCAGACCUCAACCAACCAUGCCACCAGAUAUUAGCCAUGAUGAGUUUGAAUAUGUUGAAGAUGUACAGACAUCGUGUAUGCCACGAUCACAGUUACCUACAGUUCUGUCCUCUUAUGAGAAAACUAUCGACAUGCUGAAUGCCAAGAAAGAGAAAGGGUUGGCUUCACAAGCCAUGCAUGAACUUGGAAAUCUCCAGUACCAUGCUGGUAACAUUAGAGGAGCAUAUAAAUACUGGUCAGAUUCACUUGACCUGGUGCUGAACACAAGUGAUGCUAUCCAUACAUGGAGGAGAUUACUGGACAGUUCAGAUGUUAGUGGGGACAUGCUGCAGAGGUGUGGUCUAUGGGGAUGUAUGGUGGGAGGAGUGCUGGCCUCUAAUAUAGCACAAUACAUACUGACCUCAGAUUUAGGAUUAAGGAUGGAGUGUUGUUUUCUAUCUGGAUAUUUCUUCAAGGCAUUGUUUAGAUCAUCCUUGCCCCACCCCAGGGCUGACAGAGACUAUGCAUUGUAUGAUGUAGGAGAAGGUUGUGAAGUAACAAACUUAGUACCUGGAAUAGACCUUUUGUCAGAGAAAUUCAGAAGUGAUGGCAGACAACUUGCUGCUGCAUUGAGAUGGGUUACAGAAGAAUUAGCCAGGGGAAAUCAUAAUUUGUUUGUACUUCCACUUUUGACAUUAUAUUCCUAUUUAGCAACAUUUGUAUCUCGUGACCUUCAGAGGUCAGUUGAUGGAAGGAUUUUGAAGGUCAGAGUACUGACAGAGUUAUCUCUGUUUAAUGAAGCAUUUAUUGUUAUGCAAAGACUGUUACACGGAGAAAGACUUCCACACAUUGGAGACAGUAAUUUCAGACAGGUGGAAUCUAAAAUGAGCUCUCUGAAGUAUAACACUAGUAAACCAAUUACAGAACCUAAUAACCUGAAGCUGCUUGAGAUGGUGUUAGAUAAAAGACUAUCUUCCAGUUUGGCUACUCUGUAUGGUCCACACAUGACUUGCCAUCUAUCUUUGGCCCAGGCCAACUUGUUCAUUAAACUGGCAGAGACACUCCAUGUUAUUCCACUGAUAGAAGAUACACUGAUAACUGAUGGUGCUACUAAACCAUAUACUAUGAGUACCAUGUCAAAAGGUGGAUUAGGAAGUAGGGGAGUUAAACUCUCCACAGGCAGUGCUCAAUCUAGGACUACAUCAAAAUCAGGAAAGUCCAUAGAUCCUAAGAAAGAAGAUGAAGAAGAAGGAGACAGUGUGCAACACAAGCAUGCUAACAAGAGAUUUACAGCCAGUAAGAAGCCAUUGACACAGGAAGUGAUUAAGGGGACACUACUGGCUAUAGCUGAUCAGAUGGUAGGAACCAUUGCUGAAGUGAUACAGGAAAAUGCUGAACAUGAAAAACAUGGUCUGGAAGGUUUGCCUGCUGCUGAGAUGGAAUUAGUUGUUCUGUGUAAACUUCAACAAGCUGCCAUUGCUCGUCAGAAACACCAUUCUGCAAUGGCUGCCAGAAUUGUCAUGUCGGCUCUCAAGUUACUGAAGUCCUCACGAUUAUUCAGAAAGAGGAAAGAAGUUAUUGCCCAACCAAGAUUUAAGAUAAAACAUGAGUUGAGAGAAGUAUUACCUCCCCUGUUAUCAGAAUCUUUCUACAGUACUGAAUCUGAUUGGCCAUCAUCAUUAAAGAGUGAUGGUACAGGCAGGAGGAGACAUAUGUAUAAAGAUGUACCAGUAUCUAAUCCUGAAAACAGCCUGUUCCAGUAUCAGAACUUCCAAAGCAGAGCUAGGCUUGAUGCCAGACUCUGGCUCAACUGUAGACAAGCUCUGGUCAAAUGUCUUCUAAUAGAAGUUAGAGGCUUAGGAGAGGUCAAAGAUCCAGAAACUAAAGUUCUACAAGAGUUGGCAGAUUGUCGCCAGUAUUGUAUAGAAGGAUUAGGUGAAGCUGAAGCAUGUGGUGAUUUAGAGGUUCAGGCUGAUUUCCUGUUCCAGGGGGCACUGCUUAACAUCAUGGAAGGAAAGAGUCAAGAAAAUACUAUAUCCUUGAUUGAGGAUGCAAUUAUGUUGCUGAACAAAGUACCAAAAUUGUCAAUCCCAACACAACAACAACUAGUUACAUGUAUGGUCCUGAAGACUGACUUACAGGCUGCUGAGAGAGACAAUGAUAGUGUGUUGUUUACUGAGAAAUCAUUGGUUCAAUAUCUCACUGCUCAACAGCUUAUUCUAAAACAGAUGGAGACAUUAGGAGAACAGAUACAGCACUACUACCCUGAAGGAGAGAAAUCAUUCUAUUCAACACCUAUCAGUCCAAUGAAGAAUAUUUAUAUUCCUCAUAUGCUACGCUUAGCUCAAAUCAAAUUACGUGUCGGACAUGCCAUGGCUCGUAAUGCUGCUAAAUAUAUUAGGAAUGGAACUGACAAAGAUCCUGUUAUAUUAUGGACAGAAGUGUUAGGGGUAUUAACAACAGCAUUAGAGAUAUCUCAAGCUAGUGUUUCCAGAGAGGCCAACCUAGAGGCUGAAAUAUUGUUCAACUUAGGAAAAGUAGAGAGAAUGUUGGUGUUACACGGUAAAGUUCAACCAAGGAAGGCUGCUGAUACAUUGUUACAGGCUAUCAAGAUAUCCUUCAGGAAUGACCAUGAUCUGGGGUUAAUGAGACAAGCCUAUUUAGAAGUUGCCAUAGUGUAUCUGUUUGCUGUAGGACUAGUGAUUCUAAAGCCUAACGGGUCACUUGAAAUAAUACAAGAUGGAAUGGAUGAAACAGGUAGUGUUAGACCUGGAACACUGGACUCAGCCAAAAGUAAAGCCACAAGUACUAGAUCUUAUAAGAGCAAGAAGGACCGUUUGAGCAGCAGAGCAAAGUCUGGUAAGAGUGAUGAAAUGGACGAUUCCGAGAAACAUCGUAGAGCAGCCUAUGUGGCAAUCAGGUGUGCCACAGCAGUGGCUCAGGCUCAGAGAUGUAGAACAUUAUUGAUAGGGGAUACAGUUGUAACAUCACAGCCACUAUCAGAAACAGCUCAGAAUGAUAUACCAGACUUUUUAUCUCUGGACCUGGUCAGUGUGUAUACCUUGGGCAAGAAGAAGAAAAAGUAUAAAAAUGAAAUAGAAGAAGAGUUAGCUCCCCUUAUAGAGGCUCAGGAAACAAAGAAAGUAGAGACAUAUGAAGAACAAGUAUCUAGAACAAAAGACACUGCAAAGGAGUUGGGAUGGAUACAUAUAUUAGGUUAUCAGACUAUACUGCAGAGAAUGUGCUUCACAGCUACAGUAUCCGCUUCUAGUACAAAGAAAGACAAGCAAGAGGAUAUGGCCGAGUCAGGUGACCUUGGACCAGGAUUUGACCUUGGGUUUAUCAGUCAUGCUCAGUACGACACAUCAUUGAACCAUGAUGUGGUCAGAUCAAUGUUACUGUGUGGAUCAUGGAUUGGUAGACUGAACAGACUACAUACGUACUUAGCCAGUAAUCUCUCAGUUUAUAGUGCCACCUGUUGUGGAAUUUAUCCACCACCAAUGCUGACCUUACCUGUACCAGCACUACCCAAAAUGGACUUAGAGGUCAUUUGUAGGUCGUAUUCUCAAAACCAGACCAACCCAGGAGAUACAGAUCAAUCCAUUCCACUGGCAAUCACUGCUGAUCCAGGCAAACCCCUUCCACCUCCUGGUACUAACAUGGAACCAUACAUGCCAAGUGAUAAACCUGUGACUUCACCUACAGAGCCACAGGUGGCACUGCAGUUCUAUCAACCAUCUUUGGAAGAAAAUGACCCACUGAAUCCAGAUGCUAAAGGACCCGACUCCAAGGUGUUGUUGUUGUAUGCCCUUUUUAAGAAAUCAACACUCCCUACUGUACAAGGAUUACAAUGGAUAUCUAUGGCACAACUUAAUGAUCUUCAUGACAGGCUUGCAGUAUUGGGUCAGAGAGGGGAAAUUUCCCUUCAAGAGAAACAAAAGAAAGAACCAGUUGCUCCAUCACCAACACCAUCUACCAAGGCCAAGAAAACACAGAGGAUAAAAGCAUUGUCUCCUAAAGUACAGAGGGAUGAACAAUUAGAGACUUUAUUGAUGCAGUGUAUCACUGAUGUAAUGUCACUACUAGGAAUGGUAUCAGAACCAGAGCCUAGUAGCUUACCUACUGAUCUACCACCCAAAACUGCACCAGAGUUUUACCCACAUACUCCUAUAAAAUCAAGAACAAUGUCGAGCGUAAUGUCAAAACGUUCAAGGUCAGACAUUACUUCUGCUCGGAUGGUAAGACAUUCUGACUUUAGAAAACAGAUUCCAUUUGAGGUCAGCAAGAUGAACAUCAGGUCCUUGGAAAACUUAUUUGACCCAAGCUUUGGUGCCUUGAUAAGCGGAGGUGAAAUGGUCAAAUGGCUGCUGAAGAUAGUGCACACAUCUGAUACAUCACUGAGUAAAGAGUCAACCAAAGAUACGGCAGCAUCUUCACCAACAAAAGAACCGACCAAAGAGUCUCUCCGAGAGAGUACUACAACAACAAAUUAAUUCUAUAAAUAGACCUUCAGUACUUUGAUACUUUUACUGCCACAUGGUGUUAAGAAUUUUUUUUUAGACAUAUCAUUCUUUAUGACUGUUACAUUUGGUUUAAAAUCAUUUUUGAAUAUGAGUGAUUUAUUUCAUUGUUGUCACCUAAGUUAUUUUUAAAUUAAGAUUUAUUUGUUAUUUUUAGCUCACCUGGCCCGAAGGGCCAAGUGAGCUUUUCUCAUCACUUGGCGUCCGUCGUCCGGCGUCGUCCGUCGUCGGCGUUAACUUUUUACAUUUUGAACUUCUUCUAAAGAACCACUGAAUGGAAUAAAACCAAACAUGGCAUGAAUGUUCCUUAUGAGGUGCUGACCAAGUGUUGUUACUUUGUAGCCGAUCCAUCAUCCAAGAUGGCCGCCAGCGGGGGACUUAGUUUAACAUAGGACCCUAUGGGAAAUGCAUACAAAUGACUUCUUUUAGAGAACCACUGAAUGGAAUGAAACCAAACAUGGCAUGAAUGUUCCUUAUGAGGUGCUGACCAAGUGUUGUUACUUUGUAGCCGAUCCAUCAUCCAAGAUGGCCGCCAGCGGGGGACUUAGUUUAACAUAGGACCCUAUGGGAAAUGCAUACAAAUGACUUCUUUUAGAGAACCACUGAAUGGAAUGAAACCAAACAUGGCAUGAAUGUUCCUUAUGAGGUGCUGACCAAGUGUUGUUACUUUGUAGCCGAUCCAUCAUCCAAGAUGGCCGCCAGCGGGGGACUUAGUUUAACAUAGGACCCUAUGGGAAAUGCAUACAAAUGACUUCUUUUAGAGAACCACUGAAUGGAAUGAAACCAAACAUGGCAUGAAUGUUCCUUAUGAGGUGCUGACCAAGUGUUGUUACUUUGUAGCCGAUCCAUCAUCAAAGAUGGCCGCCAGCGGGGGACUUAGUUUAACAUAGGACCCUAUGGGAAAUGCAUACAAAUGACUUCUUUUAGAGAACCACUGAAUGGAAUGAAACCAAACAUGGCAUGAAUGUUCCUUAUGAGGUGCUCACCAAGUGUUGUUACUUUGUAGCCGAUCCAUCAUCCAAGAUGGCCGCCAGCGGGGGACUUAGUUUAACAUAGGACCCUAUGGGAAAUGCAUACAAAUGACUUCUUUUAGAGAACCACUGAAUGGAAUAAAACCAAACAUGGCAUGAAUGUUCCUUAUGAGGUGCUGACCAUGUGUUGUUACUUUGUAGCCGAUCCAUCAUCCAAGAUGGCCGCCAUCUGGGAACUUAGUUUAACAUAGGACCCUAUGGGAAAUACAUACAAAUGUCUUCUUUUAGAGAACCACUGAAUGGAAUGAAACCAAACAUGGCAUGUAUGUUCCUUAUGAGGUGCUGACCAAGUGUUGUUACUUUGUAGCCGAUCCAUCAUCCAAGAUGGCCGCCAGCGGGGGACUUAGUUUAACAUGGGACCCUAUGGGAAAUACAUACAAUGUCUUCUUUUAGAGAACCACUGAAUGGAAUGGAACCAAACAUGGCAUGAAUGUUCCUUAUGAGAUGCUGACCAAGUGUUGUUACUUUGCAGUCGGUCCAUCAUCCAAGAUGGCCGCCAGCGGGGGACUUAGUUUAACAUAGGACCCUAUGGGAAAUACAUACAAAUGUCUUCUUUUAGAGAACCACUGAAUGGAAUGAAACCAAACAUGGCAUGAAUGUUCCUUAUGAGGUGCUGACCAAGUGUUGUUACUUUGCAGUCGGUCCAUUAUCCAAGAUGGCCGACAGCAGGGGACUUAUUUUAACAUAGGACCUAUGGGAAAUACAUACAAAUGUCUUCUUUAAUAGAACCACUGAAUGGAAUGAAACCAAACAUGGCAUGAAUCUUCCUUAUGAGAUGCUGACCAAGUGUUGUUACUUUGUAGCGGAUCCAUCAUCCAAGAUGGCCGCCAGCGGGGGACUUAGUUUUACAUAGGACCCUUUGGGAAAUACAUAAAAAUGUCUUCUUUUAGAGAACCAAUAAAUGGAAUGGAACCAAACAUGGCAUGAAUGUUCCUUAUGAGAUGUUGACCAAGUGUUGUUACUUUGCAGUCGGUCCAUCAUCCAAGAUGGCCGCCAGCGGGGGGACUUAGUUGAACAUAAGACCCUAUGGGAAAUACAUACAAAAGUCUUCUUUUAGAGAACCACUGAAUGGAAUGAAACAAAACAUGGCAUGAAUGUUCCUUAUAAGGUGCCGACCAAGUGUUGUUACUUUGCAGCCGAUCCAUCAUCCAAGAUGGCUGCCAGUGGGUGACUUAGUUUAACAUAGGACCCUACUGGAAAUACAUACAAAAUGUCUUCUUUUAGAGAACAGUUGAAUGGAAUGAAACCAAACAUGGCAUGAAUGUUCCUUAUAAGGUGCUGACCAAGUGUUGUUACUUUGCAGCCGAUCCAUCAUCCAAGAUGGCUGCCAGUGGGUGACUUAGUUUAACAUAGGACCCUACUGGAAAUACAUACAAAAUGUCUUCUUUUAGAGAAUCACUGAAUGGAAUGAAACCAAACAUGGCAUGAAUGUUCCUAAUGAGGUGCUGACCAAGUGUUGUUACUUUGCAGUCGGUCCAUCAUCCAAGAUGGCCGACAGCGGGGGACUUAGUUUAACAUAGGACCCUAUGGGAAAUACAUACAAUUGUCUUCUUUUAGAGAACCACUGAAUGGAAUGGAACCAAACAUGGCAUAUAUGUUCCUUAUGAGUUGCUGACCAAGUGUUGUUACUUUGCAGUUGAUCCAUCAUCCAAGAUGGCUGCUAAGGGGGGGGGGCUUAGUUUAACAUAGGACCCUAUGGGAAAUACAUACAAAUGUCUACUUUUAGAGUACCACUGAAUGGAAUGAAACCAAACAUGGCAUGAAUGUUCCUUAUGAAGUGCUGACCAAGUGUUGCUACUUUGUUGCCGAUUUACUGUUCAAGAUGGCCACCAGGAUAUUUUAUUAAAUAACGGGACCAAUAUUAAUCAAAAUUUGGCCUCAAUCAUUAUUUGGGUAUCUGUUAUGAUUUUUAUCUAUCUUUACAUGAUUUCUAAAACCAAAGUAGAGUCAGGUGAGCGACACAGGCUCUUGAGAGCCUCUAGUUUUCUUUUAAAACAAAUUGGACAAAAACAUAAGAAUGCAUCAAUUUUAAAAACAAAAACUCCUCAAAGUGUAACUCUAAUCACAAUAACAUAACAAAAUUGAUGAUUUAAUGCAUAUAAACAGACUUCUUUUUUGGAUAAGUCAGAAGAAUUGAAUUGAUUUUUUUAAAGAUUUCAGUCUGAAACAAUUGCCUAUUCAUCUUUAUAAUACCAAAAUAUCUUAAAAGAAGAUAUAAGCAAUACCUUAUCUCAUAAAAGGUUUUUUCUUCAAUUGAUAUAGAUGUUAGGCAUUAAAGUCAUUUGUAAGUAAUGUAAAAAAAAGUAAAAAAGAUAAAUUGAAAAAUGCUCUUUUACAUUUAUUUUAUGUCCGUCCUUACAGACAUUGCAUUUGCAUUCCAAUAUAAUGAUAAUCUGUGAUAUUUACACUAAUUUAUUUUAUUAUAUUUUUGUAAUUUAUAUACUUUUUAUUACUUUGUUUACUUGCAGAGCAAGUAUUUAAUUGCAGUUAGGACACACUUUUGUGUGCUGUUGUUUAUAUUGUUCAAAGAGGUAUUUUAUUAAAUAUUUGAGUAUCACAUUAAAUUAUUUGCAGUUCUA